GAAGACUCCACACACGAAGGAAUAUGCAGUCUGGCCGUCGAUGCCCGCGUUUUAUACAUAGGAUCGCGACAUUUUGAACUACACGUGCGUGAAAUAGCGUGACACGCGCCGCUGUGAAUUCAUUUCCGGACGAUACUUGUGCAUUUUGCAAAAACAUGAGAAAAAAUUCAGUGAAGUUUUGUGCAACGGAAUAUACCUGAAUUUUUGGACCGACCGAUCAUGGAGACCCAUCUCCAGCACAGGGACAGGGUGGGUGUCCAAGAUGCCGUGCUUCUGGAAGACUACACCAGCGAAGCUGCUUUCGUAGAAAAUCUCGAAAAGAGGUUUAAAGAGAACAUUAUUUAUACGUACAUCGGGCAAGUGCUAAUUUCGGUAAACCCUUACAAGCAGUUGGAUAUUUAUGGCCCCAAAGACGUUAAAGCUUAUUAUAAUAAGCACUUCUUUGAAGUUCCGCCCCAUGUAUUUGCGAUAACGGACACUGCCUUCAGGUCGUUAAAAAACGAAAACAGGGAACAAUGCAUUUUAAUUUCUGGCGAGUCCGGUUCUGGGAAGACUGAAGCAUCGAAAAAGAUACUCCAAUACAUUGCCGAAAUCACCGACCAUCGAGGAGACGUUGAAAGGGUCAAAGACAAGCUUCUUCAAUCAAAUCCGGUUUUGGAGGCUUUCGGAAACGCAAAAACAAACCGCAAUGACAAUUCUAGCAGGUUUGGUAAAUACAUGGACAUUCAGUUUAAUUACGAAGGGAAUCCUUCUGGUGGAAACAUCCUGAACUAUCUGCUAGAAAAGUCGCGUGUUAUCAGUCAAGUGCCUGGCGAAAGAAAUUUUCAUAUUUUUUAUCAACUCCUUGCCGGCGCGGACGAACAAGAAUUACAAAGACUUAACUUAAAACGGGACUUAGAUUCGUACUAUUACAUCUCCAAUGGAGCGAAGAGAAACGGGGGCCCGGUUGACGACGACAAAGGCUUCCGUGACGUGAAAAACGCACUAACAGUAAUUGAGUUUGAUCAGAAAGAACAAGACGAGAUUUUUGCCAUUACAGCGGCGAUUCUGCACUUGGGGAACAUCGGAUUUUCGGAGGAAAACGGCGUUUCCACAAUCAUUAAACCAGAACUUGUGGAAACUGUCAGCAGGCUGCUUGGUUGCAGUCUCGAAGAUUUGAAAAAUGCUCUCACAAAUCGUACAAUUGAAACGAUUAGAGACGUGGUAACAACUCCAUUAACCCGAGAAUUGGCCAUUUAUGCACGCGAUGCUUUGGCAAAAGCGGUGUACGAUCGCCUCUUCACUUGGCUUGUUCACAGACUUAACACUUCCCUCAAACCGCACGACAGGAGGACCUACAGCGUGAUGGGCAUUUUGGAUAUUUAUGGGUUCGAAAUUUUCGAAAAAAACAGUUUCGAGCAGCUGUGUAUAAAUUUUUGCAACGAGAAGCUGCAACAACUUUUCAUUGAACUGACUCUCAAGUCGGAACAAGAGGAGUAUUUGAAGGAAGGGAUCGAGUGGCAGAAUGUUGAGUACUUUGAUAACAAAGUUAUCUGCGACCUAAUUGAAGAAAAACAUAAAGGACUUAUCGCCUUUAUGGACGAAGAGUGCCUCCGACCGGGGGAUUCCUCCGACAUGACAAUGUUGAAUAAAUUAGAUAAGAACCUAAGUUACCACAAACACUUCAUCAGCCAUAAAAAGGCAGACGUGAAGUUACAAAAAAUUAUGGGCCGUGAUGAAUUUCGCCUAAUUCAUUACGCUGGUGCUGUAACGUACAAUGUUAAAGGUUUUCUCGAGAAAAACAACGACUUGCUUUUCCGCGACUUGAGAGAAACUAUGUCCAAAUCUUCCAAUAAUGUCAUCCAAUCAGUUUUCUUGAAAGAGGAACAACAGAGCAAAAAGCGACCCAACACUGCCAUUACCCAAUUUAAAAAUUCGCUGAACAAUCUGAUGCACAUUUUGAUGGACAAGGAACCGUCGUACAUCAGGUGCAUCAAACCGAACGGUGAUAAAAGAUCAGGCGUCUUUGACGAGGAGUUGGUACGUCACCAAGUGACAUACUUGGGCCUUAUGGAAAAUUUGCGAGUACGCCGCGCUGGUUUUGCCUACCGACGUGAAUACGGCCUGUUCCUGGAGCGCUACAAAUGUUUGUCGAAACAAACUUGGCCCAAAUACAUCGGAAACCCAAAAGACGGCGUCCAAAUUCUAGUCUGUGCCCUUGGCUACGAAGCCGACGAGUACAAAAUGGGCAAAACAAAAAUCUUCAUCCGCUACCCGAAGACGCUCUUCUACACCGAGGACGCCUUCCAGGCCAAAAAACACGACUUGGCCGCCCUUAUCCAAGCCGCCUGGAAGGGCCUUGUCCAGCGGCGAAAGUACAAAAAAAUGAAAGAGGCGUCCGUAAUCAUGCAAAAAUACGUGCGGAUGUUCAUCGCUAAAUGUCGCGCUAGGAAGCGCAGAAGGGCCGCGAACGUUUUGCGCAACUUCAUCAAGGGUUUUAUCACCCGAAAUGGGCCCGCAACUGAGGAAAACAAGGCGUUUUUGGAGCUGGCUAAAGCCCAGUGGUUGGUGCGCCUGUCGAAAAACCUGCCCCAGAAUAUACUCAGGCGGACGUGGCCCCCUUGUCCCCACAUCUGCAUCGAGGCGUCGCAACACCUGGAGCGCCUCUAUGGGGCCCACAUGUCGCGGGUGUACCGACUGAAGUUGAGCCCUGAGAGGGAGGAACAGCUGAGGCUUAAAGUCCUUGCCGAGAAGUUGUUCAAAGACAAGAAAAAGAGCUACCAAGCGAGUGUUUCGCGGUGGUUUAAGACGGAUCGGGUGACGGAGGCUGGGGUGGCCAAACAGAGCUAUGCUCAAGUCUUGAAUGGGGAGAGAGAACAGUACGUUACCACAGUCAUGAAAUACGACCGGCAUGGUUAUAAACCGCGCCAACGCGUCGUUUUGAUAACGACCAAAAAUUUCUACGUUAUCGAAGUGAAGAAUUCUUCGGCUAAACAAAAGCACUGUUUGCCUUUGUCCAAACUGAACUUUGUCGUGACGCCAAACAACGAUAAGAUGCUGCUGGUGAGGAUUCCGGAAGAUUUGUUGAAGAAAGAUAAAGGCGAUUUAAUUUUGGAAGUUCCACAUUUAAUCGAGGCUGUUACUUAUAUCAUAAAUGUGACUGAUAAUCCCGGCCUGUUGACCAUUAUUGAUAAGUCGCCGAUUCAACAUUCGAUGAAGCAAGGGAAACGGGGAACGAUUGAUGUGAUUAUUGGGAACUCGGAAAGUAUACAUAAGGAUAAAAGUGGUCAUUUAAUUGUGGCUUCCUCGUAAUUGUCCGACCAGUG